AUGAAGUUGGAGGUGUUCGGCCCCCGCGCGGCCCACGGGGACAAGCCGGGUAGUGACUUGGAGGGUGCCGGCGGCAGCGACGCACCAUCUCCGCUGUCCGCAGCCGGCGACGAUUCCCUGGGCUCGGACGGGGACUGCGCGGCCAACAGCCCGGCGGCGGGCGGCAGGGCCGAGGAGCUGGCGGGCGGCGGCGAGCGGAACGCAGGCUGCGGGCCAGGCGCUGAGGAGGAGGUCCCCGCAGCGGUGGCGGCGGGGCACGCGGAGGCCUGCGCAGCCGGGCCAGGUGCGGGGAGCGCGGGGGGCGGCGAGGGCGCGCGCAGCAAGCCGUACACGCGGCGGCCCAAGCCCCCGUACUCGUACAUCGCGCUCAUCGCCAUGGCUAUCCGCGACUCGGCUGGAGGGCGCCUGACGCUGGCCGAAAUCAACGAGUACCUCAUGGGCAAGUUCCCCUUCUUCCGCGGAAGCUACACGGGCUGGCGCAACUCCGUGCGCCACAACCUCUCACUUAACGACUGCUUCGUCAAGGUGUUGCGCGACCCCUCGCGGCCCUGGGGCAAGGACAACUACUGGAUGCUCAACCCCAACAGCGAGUACACCUUCGCCGACGGGGUCUUUCGCCGCCGCCGCAAGCGCCUCAGCCACCGGGCGGCAGCCCCCCAACCAGGGCUUCGGCCAGAGGAGGCCGCGGCCCACCCCGCCGCUGCGCCCCCUCCGCCCGCGUCCGCCGCCCCGAUUUCUCCCCGUGCGCGCUCGCCCGCCCGCCACGAGGGGCGCGCCAGCCCUGCGGGCAAGUUUUCCAGUUCUUUCGCCAUAGACAGCAUCCUAAGCAAGCCCUUCCGCAGCCGCCGAGAUGGGGACGCAGCCCCCGGGGCGCGGCUGCCAUGGGGCGCCACACCCUGUCCGCCGCUCCCCACAUAUCCUGCGCUCCUCCCCGAAGCCUCCGGAGGGGCCCUGCUGCCGAUGUGCGCUUACAGUGCGGUGGAGCCCUUGCUGCUGAGCGCGCGCGGAGCCGACGCACCGCCGGCCGCGCCACCCGCAGUGCCUCACCUCUUGCUUGCGCCCCUCUCUGCCUCGGCCCCCGCCAAGCCGUUUCGUGGCCCCGCGGCUGGCGGCGGCGCGCACCUGUACUGCCCCCUGCGGCUGCCCGCGGCGCUGCAGGCGUCCUCAGCCGGUGGCCCCGGCCCGCACCUGCCUUACCCAGUGGAGACGCUUCUGGCCUGAGCCGCGCCGCGGAGCCCGGCAGCAGGGGUGGGAGCCAUCGGGGAGGAAGGGAACACAGGCUUGGGGUUUUUGCAUUUUCCAGCCAGACAAAAAAAAAAAAAAAAAAGACUUUAAAAGAAAAA